GCAGCUCUAGUGACCGGCAGGCAAGCCAGACAACCAUAGGCACCAUGUUGCCCAUAUUUCAGGGGAAGUUAUGCCAGUUUCUUGGUAAAGCUCGGUUCCCUUCUAUUCUGCUUCUUGGAUGUCUUUAUAUAGCAUAUGUCCUUAUUGGAGGGCUUGUUUUUUGGAAACUCGAAGGCGGGAAUGUGAUUCUACAGAUUGAGAUCCUCAAGGAGAAGAGAACGAAACUGCUCGAGAAAUACUCUUGUUUGGGUCAGAAUGGCCUUCGAGAGCUAGCAGAGAUGAUUAAAUCAGCUUCCGUAAGUGGGUUGAGUCCAGACACCAACAACAUAACUGAUGGUUUUUGGAAAUUUACCAGCUCAUCUGUGUUUGCAGCUACGGUGGUCACAACUAUUGGCUAUGGGAAUAUAAUUCCACUAACAGCAGCUGGUCAGAUCUUUUGUGUGUUGUUUGCUAUUUUUGGCAUUCCCCUAAACAUAGUGAUCUUAAACAAAGUUGGAAAGUACAUGUUGGCUAUUGAGAAAAGGUUUUGCACCUUUCUGGAGAAAAAGAUUGAUAGAGGGAAAUGUGUGCGAAUAUCCUUCCACAGCAUAUCCUUUCUGUUAUCAGCAUUCCUGUACUUUGUGGUGCCUAUGCUACUAUUUAAAGAGUACGAGGGAUGGACGUAUUCUGAAGCCAUUUACUACUGCUUCAUAACACUCAGCACCGUUGGAUUUGGGGAUUAUGUGGCAGAUAACAACUCAGCAAUAGAAUACCCAGAGUGGUACGGUUGUCUGCUAGCAGCCUGGAUAUUCUUUGGCCUGGCGUGGCUUGCACUUCUGAUCAAUCACUGCAUUGAUUUACUAGAGAGUUUGAAUGUUUAUUUAGGAAGGCGUAAGAAAGAACAGAAUGAACAAGCAGCGGAGGAGGUCAAAGGACAGACAGAAAAAGAACCACAGGUGCAAGAAACAUAAGCGUUGAGUUUCUGUAUCUACUUUAUGAACUCAGAUCUACUCGUCAGAAUUCAAUAUAUGAUACAUUUUUAUUAAGUUAAAUUUUCUGUUUAAACUAAUCGUUGUUUCAACAACAUUUUCCAGAGGGCCAAAGUGUACAUGACAGACAGCUAACAAUCAAUGUCUGACAAUCAACGUUUAACCAAAAAUGUUUUGUUCCUCUUUGUUAUACUGGCCUGUGCCUACAUUUCUGCACAUCAUGAAAUAUGUAGCUCCAGGUACAAAUCGCUGCUUCUUUGGAAUGUCAACUAGAGGCACGUUUUCUCCGUUCUAAUGUGGUUUAUUAAAAGUUAUGAAGCAGACACAUGCACAAAGUAAAAAGGUUAGAGCAACUAAUAAUGACAUCAGACGUUUAUCCGCCGAGGGAAAUACAUCAAUAAUAUUCAGUAUCGUGUGCUUUGUAACCUUGAAUGCACCAGCAUCAACAUAUCAAAUAACAUGGGCCACUGGUGGACAUUCCACCCGAAAGAUGCAACGAUUUGUACCUGGAGCUACGUAUUUCGGGAUAUGCAAAAAGUAUGGCAGAGGUACAUAUUUGCAAUGAUCCUGUGUUGCAUUUAACUGUCAUCACACCACAAACCAACUAAUUUUACUUUCUAAGGCACAAAAUCAGUGUGUCCAACAUAUUUGCCUUUAGUUAAACUAUGGUCAUAGAGGCAUCUAAGACCUCCACUGAAUCCUCCAGCGAAAAAAUAGGUGUUUAUGUAUUCUGUAUAUAACCAUGCACAAUUACACAAUUAUGCACAUUUUAACACAUAUCUCUAUUAUGUUAUUAGUUUGACAAACAACUUUAUUUUCAUUUUAAAACUGUGUACAAAUUAUACAAUGAUUUUCAGAAACAUCUAGCAUUUUUAUUGGAAAAUGUAUAGCUAUCUGAGCCUUGUGCAACUCCAAAUGGUCUUUUGUACUGUUAGACUAUAUCAAAGACAAACAAAAUACUACAGUUAUUGUUAUAAUUUUUUGUUAUGCUUCUGUAAGUCCAUAAUAAAUUGAUACAUAUAAACCAUACUUAUGUUUUGUCAAUGCACCUGUCAAAACUGAUUCUGGAAUAAAUUUAAACUCUUGUUUGGUUAACUUCUAACAAAAACAACAGGCCCCAGAAAGUCCAUCAAUUAUUUUAACAUUUUGUUGAUUAAAUAGUUAACAUAACCACAAACAACAUUUUAACUACGAUACAACGCAUUUAUUAAUCAAGAUUAAUUUAUAAAAACUAUUGGUCAUUGCUAAUAUAUGUUUGUCCAUGAUGCAAUGUUAAUCCUAUUACUUUAUCAUUCCGGAAAUUUUGUGUUACCUAUUGCAUUAAAGAACUUUAAUUUAUGUAACCUUAUUGUGUUGUGUUACCAUAUUUAUCAACCAGUUUUUAUGCAUACUUUGUACUAAACAUUAUAGUGUAUUUUGUGUACGGCUACGAAAAUCUUGCAUAAUUAGACAGUUUUCCUCUUUAUUUUGAGGUGUCCUUCUUAAUAGCCAGGUUUCCAUCACAGAUUUGCGCAAAACUUAAAAGUUUUCAAAAAUUAAAAGCGAUAUUCUAAAUGUCGAUUAAAAAUAUUGCAG